UCUUGCACGGGUGCACUGGCUCCUCCCCUUCAGUCUUGCACGGGUGUACCGACUCCUCCCCUUCAGUCUGGCACAGGUGUACUGGCUCCUCCCCUUCAGUUUGGCACAGGUGUACUGGCUCCUCCCUUUCAGUCUUGCACAGGUGUACCGGCUCCUCCCCUCCAGUCUUCCACAGGUGUACUGGCUCCUCCCCUUCAGUCUUGCACAGGUGUAUCGGCUCCUCCCCUCCAGUCUUGCACAGGUCUUGCGGCUCCUCCCCUUCAGUCUUGCACAGGUGUACCGGCUCCUCCUCUUCAGUCUUGCACAGGUGUACCGGCUCCUCCCCUUCAGUCUUGCACAGGUGUACCGGCUCCUCCCCUUCAGUCUGAUUGUCCCUGGCCCCACCCCUUUCAUCCAUUAGAUUUCAAAUCUUUCAAUCACGGAGGCUCCGCAUGACAUGUGGGCAUUACCUAUGCAAGUACAGCCAGCCUAGGCACGCCCACUGCUGCAGACAGACAUCCAUCAAGACAUUUGAUAUUUGCAUAAGUCCUCCCAAGACCCCGCCUACCGCUUGCAUUAGGACUGAGG